CGUAGUUUGAUGAUAAAAUAAGCUGAAGUUUUUCUUGUCAUUGUAAUCAUCAUUAUUCUACGAUUCCUGCGUUUCCUUCCUGUUGACUCGUUCGUUCGUUCACUCGGUCAUUCAUUCACUCAUAAAAUGUUUCGAGUUCGUGUGUGAGGCUUCUUGCGUAGCGCUUAAUUUCGUAUUUUUCAAUUGUUUUCAUUAGUACACAAAGGAGAUCGCGUGCUGAUUAUAAUGAGUGGUCAAGUGAAGUGUUGUUUACAUUGUUUAUGAGUGUCGAAGCGGUCUGUAUAUCGGACAAGGCAGCGAAGAUGUUCCCACACCGCUCGCACACAAAGGCUGCGUCCUUCACAUAUUAGCUAUUACAUCUAGCCAGACCGCCGUCGUUGUUUGAACAACUCGUUAUCUACACGGCGCUGAUAGUGCGAGGUGAUUAUACAAAUGCUAACGAUGCAUCGCAUGUAAGUACGUAGGCUCUACGAGCCAUAAGAACUUACUAACAUCAAGGUGGCGGUGCUUAUAACUUAGAAACUCCAGCUUACUAAUAGUCAAGAAUAUGGCUAAUAUAAAGAGUAGACAUUCACCAAAAAGUCCUAAAAAAGGACACAGUGCAACCCAAACUGCAACAACAACAAGUAAUGCAAUUGAUACAAUUACAGUCAUGAAAAAUAACUUGAAACUGAUGACAUCUGACGCUAGAAAAAAAAGUGUGGAAGUUAAACCAAGGCUUAGAAUACCUAACUACUUCAAUUUUAAGGCGAAGGCCCUAAGGAAAGAUAUUAAUUUAGUAUCAGACAGAGGAAGGAUUAAAAAGAAAUACAAGGAAAAAUUAAAGCUCGUUAAUGACAUCUUAAAAAGUGAACUUCUUAUUAGUGGCAGCGACACAGAAAAGAGUACAAUAUCAACCCUAUCAACAACAAGCAAAUUGCCCAAGAAAAAACAUGUCCACAACAAUAAUGAUAUCGGAAUAAGUGACCACAAUCAAAGUAAAAACAUAUCAAAUGCCAAUCAAAAAUUUGAAAGUAAUAAAAAUGAUAAACAAGUAAAACUUAAACCUAGAAAGGAGCAAAAGUUAAAUCCUAAAUUCCAAUCUCAGACGAGUUCUACGGAGCAGGUUCCAUUAAUAAAUGUUUCCGUUUCUUUGAAAAAUAUAAACCUUGAUAACCUGGUAAAAUCUAAGCCUAGAAAGGAACAAAAAAUAAAUGGUAAAUCCCAAACUCAGCCAGAUUCCAUAGAACAAGUUCCGGCAGAAAAAGUUUCAUCAUCUUUAGAAACCAAUAAGAAUAAUAAAGUAGCAAAAUCUAAGCCCAGAAAGGAGCAAAAGGCUAAUCCUAAAAAUCAAGCAAGUUCUAUUGAAGAUGUUCCAACAUUUAAAAAACCCAAAAAAAUAUAUAAAGCAGUAAAAUCAAACUCUAAAAAGGAGAAAAAAAAUAUUCCUGAACUUCAAACUCAGCCAAGUUCUAUACGAGAUCCAUCAGAAGAUAUUCCAGGAUCUCUAUAUGAGUGUGACCACUGCAGUAAAACUUUUGCAAAGAAAAAGCUAAUUGAGAGACAUAUGUAUGGUCAUCUGAAUUUGAAACCGUUCAAAUGUAGUUUUUGUAAGAAGAAAUUCCGAUAUGAUAUAAAUAUGCAAGUUCACGUUAUGAGACUACAUGGUACCCAGGACUGUGACUCACUGGAUGAGUACAGAUGCGAUAUCUGUGAAGAGGUAUUCAUGUUCCAAGAAACUUUGAACAGCCACCUAAAAAAUCAUGUAAGAAAAGCAAACUUUUUCAAGUGCAUCGUCUGUGAGAAAAAGUUUGCUGAAAAUUAUCUAUUGACUGAACAUGAGAAGACACAUUUACAAAAUGGACGGUAUCAAUGUCCAAUGUGUGACAUGAACUAUGGCAUACGCAACCACUUUGAAGCUCAUCUUAAAGGCCAUUCAAAAAUAAAAGACUAUAUUUGUCAGUACUGUGGCAAGGAGUUCUUACGACUUAAUUCCAUGCAGAGGCAUGUGCAUGUGUGCCAUAGUGGCCAUAGAUUUCAAUGUCCUAUAUGUAAGAAAAAGCUGAAGGGUCAUCUUACUGAGCAUAUGAGAACCCAUGACAAGAAGAGGCCUCAUGAAUGUGAUGUGUGUGGUCAGCGCUUCACACAGUCCACUCAACUGAAUGUCCACAUGCGAUCACAUACCGGUGCCAGGCCAUAUCCAUGCAGGAUUUGUAACAGGAAUUUCUCUCAUUCCAAUGCUCUGAUGCUUCACAUCAGGCGUCACACUGGUGAAAAGCCAUUCCCUUGUGCCAUGUGCCCAUUAAUGUUUUCUCAGUUACCACACAUGAAAGCCCACAUGAAAAACAUACAUGGCAAGGAAAAUGCAUACAAAUGUGAAAAAUGCACACAGUUUUUCAAACUGAAAAACGAUUUGGAGCGGCACAUAAAAACCUGUGCAGUUGGUGAGAAAAAAUCUAAGCGUAAAAGAACCCAGGACGAUCAGGAAGAUGAGGAAAUUGAAGUUGAGUCUGUCAUGACUCUAUCUCGAAUGAGAUAUCUGCUGGCUCUUCUGCUUACCAUCAUAGCCACCAAAGACAAACUGAAAUAUUUAGGUUUCAACAAACGCCUCAUAGAUGACCUGCUGAUAGAAUCUCUUGAGGCUAUGGGCAUAGAGCCAUGCAUGGACGAAUCUCUCACGGAAUUCAAAAGGCUGAAGAUCAAUAUUGAGAUGUUUAUCGAAGGGACAGUACCCGAUGAAGAGCUAGAGAAGUUGAAAAAUGAGAACCGAACCACAGAAGAGCUAUUAGAACUACUGACCGACGAGAAGAAAAAACAAGCAUGAAGAAUUUAUUAAUAGGUAAAGUUUUAAAAGCUGAUCAUAUGACAUUUUAGUAACUUUGAUUUUAAUUACAGUGUACUGAUACUUCUUUGGUCACCAGUAAUGUUACGACAUUAGGUAUUAUACAGCUUUUAGGGCUGAAGUAGUGUAUUCGAAGGUAUUAUUCGCCUGCAAUCCUGUAUUGUCGCAAAGCUACUUUCUUUUAUCAGCGACGAGUUUAGUUGCGAAAUGUUUAUACUAACGCAGUUGCUAGAAAUCGCCGAUACUAGAAAGAAACAUCAUGCUUUGGCCCUUAUUUGAUUUGAAAACUAUGACAGCUGGUUAAUAUAUUGAACAUUUAAUUUAAAAUUACUGGUAUUCGUUUGUUUGUACUCUCAAUCAUUGCAUGACAGAGUGAGGUUGACUUUAUUGUGAGUUCAUAUAACUUUAAACACUAAUAUCACCUUUGGAUUGUAAGAAUAAGGAUGUUAUUUGAAAGCAAUGAUGCUACGGUAUCGCGUACCUGUAUAAAUAUUUUUUUACAUAAAAAUUACGAGACAGAACAAUUAAUUGAAGUACUAAAAUGUCAGCAAUAGUAUUGUAUCCACAUAUUUUAUUACAUCUAUUUUUAUAUUGAAUACAUACAUACAUAAUAAUUUAUUUUUAUUGUAAAACGUCCUAUCUUUACUGAGGUCUACUAUUAAAUCAUCCAUAAAGUAGAUAUUUUAGUAUAACACUUACAAGUAAGUAAAUGGAGUUUACAAUUUAAUAGAUUUAGCACAUACAUAUUACAAAUUAGUAGAUUUUGUAGUAUUUAUAUUUAGUAACUUAUUAUGCAUGAUUUUUAGAGUAUUGUCUACCAUAAUAACAUUAUUUUAUUUAUUAUUCACUAACUUUCCUGAACGACUACAUCACUAGUAAUAACUGCAAAUCAGUAGUUGUAUGUACUUGUGUAGACUGUGUAAGUCCAUGUGUAUAAAUAAGUCUUGUAUCGGCUCUGCAAAAGCGGAACGUGUAAAUUCGCCGCUAGAGGCGCUGCCGCGAUAUUUGCAAUUUCUCU